AUGGAAAUUGAUCCAGAUAGCAAAGCUAGAAAACUUCGUUCUAGAAUAAUUGAACUGAAUAGCAAGAUGAAUGAGUUAUAAUAAGAGAUAGAUGCAAAAGAGACGAGAAACAUAUUUCUUGAUAGAGAAUUAUAAGAUAGUAUUAAAAACUUAAAAAAUAUGACAUUAUACGUUUAAAAACAGAUAGAGAUGAUGGAAGCAGAAGCUCCUCAAUAAGAAAUUUUGGAUAAGAAUCGUAUAAAGGAAUUUUUUAAAUAAAUAUCAAAAUAAGUUUUAGAGAAAUUUGGAUAUCAUAUUGAUAAAUAUUUUCGAUAUCUUGAAGAAUGUGUAUAGGAUGAAUUUCCAGAAUAAAAUAACGGAGAAAAUGAUAAUUAAUAUUAAGCACCAUCUAUGACUUGUGCAAUAUAAGUAAAAUGUCCAAAAACACUAUUAUAAAAAGAUAUUAAGCUUUAAGAUGACAACAUAGAUUAUGUGACAGCAACAUUUAGAUAUUCAAAAAUAAACAGUUUUUAAGAUUUAAAAAAAGCAUGUUUAGUAUAUUGGAAUAUUUAUAAUAUGGAAUAAGCAAGAAAAGAAUUACCUUAUGAAAUUGGUUAGACUAGUUCUAAUGAUUAAUAAAUAAAAUCAAAGAGAAAUUAAUAGGGAGAAUCUUAAAUAGUAGAAUAGAUAGAUGAAAUAAUAUAAAAAUAAUAACCAGGACUAGUAAGUCCAGGAUCAAUGUAAACAACAACCAGAAAUUUAAUAUCUCCAUAAUCAGAAUACGCAUAGGAAUGUGGAAAUACAGAUUAAAUACUCUUGGAAAAGUUUUGCAAUAGAUAUGAAAUACAAAAUGAUAAUUAAGAAAAUAUAUAGAAUACAGAGUUAAUUGAACGUUAUUAUAACAAAGUGUUAUCUGAUUAGAAUAUAUCAUAUUUAUGUGUGACAUUAAAAAAGAAAAAAAUAAAAACUCAUAGAAGAGGUUUAUCAUCUGAAUCUAGAUAAUCAAAUAAUACAAGUAAUAUAUAACCAGAAAAAAGUUAAAUAAGUCAUCCCCAUUAAAGUGCAAAUAUAACAUUUGAUGGUUCUAAAGUAAGUGAAGAAAAACCAUUAACAUAAAUAGAGGAAAAUGAAGAAGAAUAUGAUGAAUAAUAAGAAUAUGAUUAAUAAGAUCUUAAAAUUGGUUUAUUUAGAAAAUAUGUCUCUUUUUUUAAUAGAUUUCCUUUGUUAAAAAAAUAAUUUGUUAUCAAUGUUGAUAAACUCAAAAAAAGAGGAAGAAGUGCAGAAAAAAAUUAAAUUGAAGAAUUGAAAGGUGAAAAAUUAGAUGAUAAUCAUAUCUGCAUUCUUUUUAUUCUAAUAAUAUUAAUGGUUUUGAAUAUUUUAUUUUUAUAUUUCUUAGAUAAUGGAGCAUAUAUGUAAUAGCAUAUUAAGAAAAUAGAAAACAGUUUAAAUAUAAAUAAAUUUCUUGCUAUAUCUUCUAUUGCUGAAUUAUAAGAGUAUUACAUUAAUCCUUAAGGUUUAAUGUAUUAAUUUACUUCCAAUUAUUCUGAUUUUAAGACAUCAUAUGAAAUAAUUGGAGCAUUACGAUUUCGUUAAUUAAGAACUUAAUAUACUUAAUGUCCAAAUCCUAUUAGAACAGAUAAACUCCCAUAAAUUACUUGCAAUUAUGAAAUUUAUAAUGAUUAAACAUUCUUUACUGAAUAAAUUGGAGAUGGCAAAAAACCUUGGAUGCUUUUUACAGAUUCUAAAUAUGAUAGAAUUACAGAAGGAUAAUUUAGUGAUUAUGAUUCAAGUGGAUAUAUAUAAGAUAUCAACCCCAACAAUCUAACUCCAAUUUUUUAUAUACAUAAUAUUAUAGAAGGAAUGUUUAAACAUCCUUUUUAUUUUGGUGAAUCUAUUAUUGCAUAAAUUAUGACAAUGACUGUUCGGAGUAAAAAUGAUGGAAUGUUUGUUUUUAUUGAAUUUCUUGUUGAAGUAACUGGUCUUGGA